AUGUGCUUUCCUGCAAUUUACAUUAUGCUUUAUUGUUUUCUCUCUUUCCUCCUCAGAGGGAUCCCUGGGAAGAAAUGUGGCACUAUCGUCCUAUCUGCAGAGGAACUCAGCAAUUGUCGAGACAGUGCUACUAUGCAGUUUUGCGCCAACAAGCUGGACAAAAAGGAUUUCUUUGGAAAGUCAGACCCAUUCAUGGUUUUCUACAGAAGCAAUGAAGAUGGAACGUUUACUAUCUGCCACAAAACAGAGGUGGUGAAGAACACAUUGAAUCCUGUGUGGCAGCCAUUCACCAUCCCAGUGCGAGCACUCUGCAAUGGCGACUAUGACAGAACAAUCAAGGUGGAGGUGUAUGAUUGGGACAGGGAUGGCAGCCACGACUUCAUUGGGGAUUUCACGACCAGCUACAGAGAGCUAGCUCGAGGGCAGAGCCAGUUCAAUGUGUAUGAGGUAAUUAACACAAAGAAGAAAAUGAAGAAAAAGAAAUAUGUCAACUCUGGAACAGUGACCCUGCUUUCAUUUUCAGUUGAAUCAGAGUUCACCUUCUUAGAUUACAUCAAAGGAGGGACACAGAUCAAUUUUACUGUGGCUAUUGACUUCACAGCAUCUAAUGGUAACCCCUCCCAGUCAACUUCGCUCCACUACAUGAACCCUUACCAGCUCAACGCCUAUGCCAUGGCCCUGAAGGCUGUUGGUGAAAUUAUUCAGGACUAUGACAGCGACAAGAUGUUUCCUGCUCUGGGCUUUGGAGCCAAACUGCCCCCGGACGGGCGUGUGUCUCACGAAUUUCCUCUGAAUGGAAACAUGGAGAAUCCUUACUGUAAUGGAAUUGAGGGCAUUUUAGAAGCAUACCAUCAAAGUCUGAAGACUGUGCAGCUGUAUGGGCCAACAAACUUCGCGCCUGUGGUAAACCACGUUGCCAGAUAUGCAGCGGCAGUCCAGGAUGGCUCUCAGUACUUUGUCCUCCUCAUCAUCACAGAUGGCGUUAUCUCAGAUAUGGCCCAGACCAAAGAAGCCAUUGUGAAUGCUGCCAAGCUUCCAAUGUCCAUUAUAAUAGUUGGAGUUGGUCAAGCUGAGUUUGACGCUAUGGUGGAACUGGAUGGCGAUGACAUCAGGAUUUCAUCUCGGGGGAAACUGGCAGAAAGAGACAUUGUUCAGUUUGUUCCUUUUAGAGAUUACAUGGACCGGACAGGUAACCACGUGUUAAGCAUGGCACGGCUCGCUAAAGAUGUGCUCGCAGAGAUCCCAGACCAGUUUAUCUCCUACAUGAAGAGCCGGGGAAUCAAACCCAAUCCUGCACCACCUCCCUACACACCACCCGGACACACACACCACCACACACAAAUUUAGGGCCCUCCUCUUGGCUUUUCACUGAGGACUGACAGCAUGCAGCAGCCUCUCGGAGUCCAUUGGGAACUCUCUACCUCCUGUUUUUUGGUGUAAAUAGGAGAUGGCACAUGAAAUGGUUGUUGAAUUAUGUGCUGUACCUGACCAGUGACUACAGGAGCAGUAUUUCUUUUUUUGUUCUGUUUGUUUGUUGGCUUCUUCUGUGACAUGUUCAAUUGUAGUCUCUCUCCAGGUGAGACUGACCAAAUUUUUCAGGACUUGUUGGUGAUAGCCUUUUGGGCAGUGACUGUUUCACAUCUAUGAUUUGACGGCAGGUUGGUUUGAAAAGGUCAUGUUGUGGUUAAAACUUGUGCCUGUCUGUUGAUGUUUCUCUAAGUGUAUCAGGACGUGUGAACUUUGACACAAGCCUUGCUCGUCAGUCAUUGGUGUGGCCUAAUACAGUGACAUUUUUUAGCACCUUGUUUUUAUAUAAGGGGAUUGUCCCCACAUCUGUUAAUACAGCACUUAUGAUGCCCUCUAUCCACCAACCCCUCCUGUAUCUCAAAAAUAGAAUUGUUUAUACGAGCAUGUUGAAUGACAAUUGAAGUAUGAUGUGUCAGCAUAUAUCCUCAAAUGUUAUUCACAGUGGCAUGACCAUUUGAUUGACUUUAAACACCAUUCAACCUAAUUCACUUUAUAAUGGUCAUAAGUAUGUAACUGCACAAGAAAAGCACAACUCUAUAGCCAUUCUAGUUAUGAUUAAUCUACUAAUUUAAUCAUAUUCUCUCUUUCUGAGUGCUGCUAUUCAUUCAUUUUGAGAAAAGUGUGCUUGUGCAGAUAUUUUUUUUUUCAGAUUCUUCAAAACUCCUAAUAAAGGAAUUCACUGAAACGGUUGCAGUUAAGAUACUCCAGGUGGAACACAUUUCAAUCACAGAUAAAGCUGCACAUGAAUAGCUUGAAGUACUAUCAUUGUUUUAAAAUCCCUAUAAUUCUCACAUCUCAAUAUUUCAUUUUUAAUAGAGUAAUUCCAAAAUCAAUUAGCACAAUGAUAAAACACAGAUCGUGCAAGAUGUACAAGACCUUCAGAAGAAUAAUGACCAACCAGACAAAGUUUGAGGCCUCUGUGUGGCAAAUAUAUUGAGGUACUUUUAUUAAUUGCCUUUUUAUGGUAACUGUGAAAAGACUACCAGUGUUACUUCAUGUAUGGGCUGACAUUUUACACCAGCCAACUGACACACAGCAGACAUUAGGUCAAUUAGGUGGGCUGUAACUAUUUUUUAUGCUCUAAUGUCAGGUUGUGCAAGGUCCAAAUCUAUCCCUGUUUCAGCACCUAUAGAGUGGAGACAUUUCUACUGAAAUGCCACUGGUCACACAUCAGCAACCACAUGACUUUUGUGGUCAAAAGCCAUCCCUUAGAGAUAUUCCUUCAAGAUAGAGCUGUCCUUCCUGUAAUGCAUGACUGGAUUCUGGUGGCCAGUAGCUCAAAAAUUGGUCUCCAGAGCUUCAGUUCUGUAGAUGAGAUUUUUUUUUCCUCCCAUGUAUAAAACAUGCUAACAUCCUGUCUGUGCCACAGGAUAUGGAGGGAUCUGCUUUUUUCUAAACCUGUAGUUUGGCUGUUUGGAGUUUGAAAUGAUUUUACAGCAUCGUAAACAAAGCCUGCAAUUUCAGAGGCUGCUAAGAUUUGGUUUGUUUUUAGAACAUCGUUUGCUUUACUGCCAAUGGUAGUCACUGACAGUAUCACUCACCACAAGGACACUGAGCUCGUAUAGUGAGGAGUUGCACACCUUAGGCUCUUUUCUCUUCUUCUACUUGGUCAUUUAUUUUUGCAGAAGUAAGGUGCCUUUUUUUAUCGAGAAAUUUGGUCAACUUACCAUCCAAAUGCCCACAAAAAACCCAACUGAAGGGCUUGAUCACCAUAAAUAUCUGAAGGUAAAUGUUCUUUUUAGCUCUGCAAAAUAAAAGAAUAUGGUACAUUGUAGGUCCAAGGGGGAUGAAUUACAGUAGUACUUCAAAUAACAGAAAAUGUUUUGAGGACAA